AUGGAGUACGCUCAAUCACCACGAAACUUGGGUCAUCAGAAGGUCACCAUGACUUCAUGGGGGGAGUCCUCUCUAAGGAAUUUGUGUGUUUCCCCCGCUUCCUUAAUGCAAACAAAUGUAGGGGAGUUCGCGUCUCGAUCGGCGAGGUUCGGGUGGAAUGCCGGGAAGAGCCAGCCCACACGAGGUGGUUCCAUCACCGAAGAGCUCCUCAGAGAGAGGAGCGGCUUGCAACGGCAAGACUCAACGAUGUCGGCGUUCUCAUUUACGAGCGACGAGUGGUCGAUGGCGCCCGAGGUGGCUGUCGAUGAUGAGAGAUGAUGACAGUGACGAUGUUUUUGCAUCAGACUUCGGAUGACCAGUGGGGGCGGCACGAUCAUGAUGUGUUGUCACGAAAAGGUGCACGUCGUGUUGUCGAUGCUGCUUCUCAGAGCAUGAGAUCGGGGGGGUGGGGUGCCCUGAAUGUUUUUUUGGAGUUUCUGGGAGUAGUAACUAGCUACGUUCGUAGCUUCUUGCUCCCUUCGUAACUCGCGAUGCCGCCUUCUCUCGUGGCGUCCGUACUUCGCGGGGCCGGGGGGACACCCGCGGGUAUGAGUGCGGUGGUAGGACGGUGUGAUGAGUGUGUAGCGAUUGACCCUUUCACGAAGACAUCACAUGGUUACGUGGAUGGCAUGGUCUCGAGUUAGGAAGACAAAUGGUCACGAAAACCAACGUAUAGGGGUGCCAUCUACUUCCAUGUGAUGUGUUCGUCAGAGUGUAGGUUUGUUCCGUUCAUCUCCGAUUGAGUGACAUGGACAUGUCAUUGUUUGUCUAAGAGUGUUUUCAAGCGGGAGGGGUCACGAUGUUUAUAGAUCUAUCGUGGGAAGCCCAACACUUCAUGCGUUGACAGCCGCUGUAGCCGCUGUUUGUCAACGCAGACAGCGGUCCAGCCACGUGAGGUCCGGCCAUGUGGAGGACAUCUCCAAUGAGAACGUGCUGAAUGAGAGGUGGCGGCGCCUGAGCUUCGUUCGCGUCUACAUGCGGAAGUUCUGCCUCUUCGGCGGGUGGGCGGUGAUCUUCGUGUGGGGUGUGGUGACGCUCUACCAGAUGCCCGCAAGAAAUAGAGCUGGGGUCAUCGCAGGGGAGCGCGCAGCUGUGUCUUCAAGUUCCCACAUGCUGGGUACGUCGUGGUCCCCAAAUAGAUAGCGGCACAAUACAUGUUGAAAGGAUUUGAAAAGGGAUGUUAAUGUAGUCCCUUGAUUUAUAAACCCCCCCCCUUGAAAUGUAG